AAUUGAUAGGAACAUCAUUGUUUUCAGGUACAUAAAGCACCAUAAACUUUAGUUUACUUGAUUUGCUAGGCCACAGAACUUGUUAUGAGCAAAAUGAGGCAGGACUAGAACCUGAUGUCUUGAACUGCAGCCCACUAUAGUUCCACUCGCACUUGAAAAACUCAGAGAAGUUAAAUUAGUCUACAGUUUUUGAUAUGGGUUGAAUCACUGUGGAAUUAUGACAGAAAAGUCUUCGGUGGUGGAACAAAACUUGUCAUCACAGAUAGAAACUUUGGGACGCAAUUCUCCCCCAAACCCACUAUUUUUCUUCCGUCAAUGGCUGAAGUAAACCUCCAAAACACUGGAACAUAUCUUUGUCUUCUUGAGAACUUUUUCCCCGACGUUAUUAAGGUACAUUGGAAGGAAAAGAACAGCAACACGAUCCUGGAAUCCCAGCAGGGAAAUAUCAUGAAGACUAAUGACACGUACAUGAAAUUCAGCUGGCUGACCGUGACUGCAAAAUCAAUGGAUAAAGAACACAAAUGUAUAGUCAGACACGAGAAUAACAUAAAAGGAGUUGAUCAAGAGAUUCUUUUUCCUUCAAUAAAGAAAGAGGUCGCUGCUAAUAAUCCUACAGAAAAAGCUUGUCUGAAAGAGCAAAGUGGGGGUUCUGGACUUCAGCUAACACCUUACCUGACCAAGGGCAAGAAGUUCUGAGCACAUCACCUCCUAACAUCCCUUUCCACAUCAAGUCUAAUAAUUCUGGAGUUCUGACUCAAUGAAGUUAGAGCAUGUCAAAGGAAAAUUUCCACAGGAAAGGACUUGGCCUUGUGGUUCAUUGAACAGCCAGUCUGGACUGCCGUCGCUGUCGUUAAUUAUUUCUUGAUAUCAUAUAUUUCUUCAAAAUUUCAAAGGACAUUAAGUGCAAUUACCCGUAGUACCAUAGCCCAAUGAGAGACAUUCAGGAAAGACAGGUGAGAGAGCCAUUGCCUCCUAAAGUUUCAGAGAAUUUGGGUUAACUACUUUGUUCCAGUUUAUGUAAUCUUCUCCCACCCACCAACUAUGAACACCACAUUUUCAUGGACUGUACUCUUUGUAGAAAUCAUAUUGCAUAAACAACACACACUGCCCCAGAUGCUUCAAAUCAACAAUUCAUCUUGAUGUUUAUGCUUAACCCUAAUUGCACUUGGAGAUGCAGAAUCAGAGUAGCUAAGAAUGUCUUCUGUAAAGUCAUGUUGCUGGUUUCUGGUACUUAGUAAAUGCAUAACACCAAGCAAAUUACAUUCUCUGCCCUCAGUUUCUUUAAAAUGGGAACAAAAAUAAUGUCAUAGGUUAUUGUCAAAAUUAUGUAAGACUAAAACUUUGCAUUCAAAGCUCUCAGAAUAAGUGGCAUUUGGUUAGAGACAUGGUGGGAUGAAGAAAUGCUAAAAGGUAUUUAUCACAAAUGUUUUUUUUCAUUAGACUUACUCAUUAAAAAUGCAACUUUACUUUUUAAUAUUUUAAUAUUUUGGAGUGUUCCAAGUGCACUGAGCAGAGGUUGUUUAUUGAUUGGCCUGCAAGCUGGAUUCUGAGCUGUCUUGUUGUUUGUUGGUGGUGCUGGUGGUGCAGCAGAUGUUUACUUUUGGGUUUUGAUGGUGCAGCGUGUCACUUCAACUUAGAUCGUAAAAAGAAAAUAAUUGUAACCCCCUCCUGUUAAUAGUCCCUCUCCUUUCAAGAGGACAGGUGACACUGAUGAAAUGAC